UGUGUAUCGCUUUAUAAAGCCGGCCGCCAUUAUAACAACACACAUAGGUGUUAAAGUUUCACGAGUAUGGAGCUCUCGAGUGUUCUUGUGUUGUCCCUUGUGAGCUUAGUGACAGCAUCUCCGCAUGGCUAUGGCGCUUCUAAUGUAGCUAGAGCUGAAGCAAGUGCGAGUGCAUUUGGAAAUGGGUUCUCCAAGUCUUCUUCAUCGAGCUUUGCUUCAUCCAGUGCGAGUGCAAGUUCAAGUUCGAGCACAUACAGCUUCAGCGGGGCAGGAACGAAUGGAAUAACUCAUUAUGGACAAACUGGAGGUUGCCCUUCCGGACACUGUCAACCACAUAGUCCGUCCUUGCCCUCUGAUAAUGCAAAUAACAAAGGCUUUAGUCAAGCCAAUGCUGCAGCUAUUGCUGGGGCCGGAGCACAUGCAGAAUUUCUUGGUCCUGAUGGAUUAUAUAAUCCAACACAGCCAUGUUCUUCUGGGAAAUGUGAUACUGGACUUAAUCCAAAUUAUUCUACUGGAUGCAAAUCAGGUUUGUGUGGACCUUCCGGCUCUGGGUCUUUAAUUAAUACGAACCAGGAUCACCAAGUUGCUCCAGUAGUUCCGGAGGAUUCGAAAAAUUUUUUGAAAAAAUCGGGGCAAGGAAACUCAAAUCCAACAACGUUUCAACACAAAGAUUCUGUGGUCUCUAAUCAAGAAACGCAGCAGCCAACCACUACUAAUAAGCAAUUACCACCAGAAAAUAAAUUAAACCAAGCUGAAUGUGACUCGCCGGACUGUGAGAAACCAUCAGUACCUAAUUCAGCUCCUGGGAAACCAGCCCUUCAUUUGACGCCACCUUACGAGGAAACAAUUUGUACAAGUCAUAAUUGUAAUUUUGGGUAUGAUAAAAACGGCAAAUUACCAUCUAGCUACAAUGUACCGAUUUUGGCAAAUCCAAACACUGACUCAGAUUUGACAAAAUCUCCAUUAUGCGAAGACGGAAAAUGUAAAGAUGCAAAUAACUACAACAAAGGGAACUAUGAUUACAGUUCUUCCCAAGAAUGUACUGAUGGAAAUUGUGACAUUUAUGUUAUGCCCAAACCAACAUCUCAAGAGACCUUAAGAACUCAAUGUAAAUAUGGUAAUUGUGAAAAACUGCCUGAGGGAUCCAUCGGGUCUGUCAUCCCAGACCUACCUUCCGGAUGUAGUUCAGGAAAGUGUGAUAUUAUACAAAUUUUGUCCACAAGUCAAAAACCUAUUUCACCAACAACUGAAAAACCACGUUAUACGGAAAAUGAAAAUUCACCUCCGAAUUUUAAUAAUUUGCCUAAGGGACCAACAACACCUGAAAAACCAUUUUAUACGGAAAAGGAAAACUCAUGCAAUUCUCCUAACUGUGGCCAAAACUCAGGUCCCAAUAAUUAUGAAUCUAUGCCCCACUACACCACAUCUACUAAUUACAAUAUACGUCCAUUGGAUUCUAAACACGAGCCCAAUCCUCAAACUGGAAAUAAUGGAAUACAAACAACAUUAAAUCCAAGUAUUGAACAAGGUGUUUCUACAAACGAACCUUACAAGGGUAAAUUCGACGGUGCGACACGUAUUCUUAGUUACAGUAGUGGACCACCGGAACAAUAUUCUCAUCAACCUGAUUACAAAAACAUGCCACAUAAUCCAUCUUAUAAUACAGGUUCACAGCAUGGCCUAUUGAACUCACAAAUAGGAGGAAACAUAUUUUCAGAUUUAUCGGAGGCAAACCCUAGUUCUCAUACCUCAAAUAAUUAUAAACCAGACUACCCAGGAGCCAAUAACAAAAAACAAGAAUCAGGAUUUAUAUUUGGUUCUAGCGGAACAUCUGCAUAUGCCAAUAAACCAUUUUUAGAUCAUAACCCUUCUUAUGCCAAUCCUGCUCUUGGCUCCAUAUCGCCAAUUCCUUAUACACCAUCAUACAUAAAAGAUACCGAUGCAAAAAAACCUUUAUAUACUGGUGGAUUUGGUGGCCCUACAGGCUUGUUACAGCCAAAUGACGUUUCAAUUCCAUCGACAACAAGUCCUCAUCAUCAACUUCCGUGCGUUGGUGAGUCUUGUAUCCCAAGCUCACAUAUUCCUUCAGUGAAUGUUGCUUAUAAACCUAAUUGCGUCAGUGGAGGCUGUGUUUCAAGCUCUCAACCCCCUUCAACAGCUCACCAAUCUGUACCUCAUCAAUCAAAUUGCGUUGGUGGAACCUGUGGUUCGAAACCUGACAUUCAUUCAGUGAAUCUUCCACAUAAUCCUGAUUGCGUCGGUGGAAGUUGUGUUCCAAACCAUCAUAUUCCUUCAACAAACGCUCCUCAUCAACCUAACUGCUUAGGUGGAGCUUGUGCUCCAAACCCUCACAACCCAACCUCAACUUCGCUCCAACCAAAUUGUGUCGGCGCAGGCUGUGCUACCUAUUCUUAUAAUCCUUCAACGACUAUACCCCAGCAAAGUAAUUGUAUUAGUGGAACUUGUGCCCCAACACCAACAGCAAACAGUGUUGCGAAUGCUGCAGCUGACGCAAAAGCAGUACCUUACACCGGGGGCUUCGGUGGUCCGCCCGGCCUUUUAAAGCCUUAUGAUAGUGGCAAACUUGACGCCAUCAACAAUUUCGAUGUUAAAAGCACCUAUGCCAAAAACAAUAAUAUAGCACCAUUCGGGACAGGUGGAUCAAAUCUAGGACCUAAGAACGCUAUCAAUGGAAUAUACAAUAGCGCACAGGCUGGCGCAGUAGCGUCGUCAUCUGCUGUUGUUAACGGUGGUAACUACGGCCGCGAUUCUAAAGGAUGUAACAGUGGAUGCUCGUCACAUCCGUCAGACGACACCAAAAGUAAAACAGAUCAAGGCAAGGAAGGAGAAAACAUUGCGAAUAUCUCAGCUAAAAGCAUUGCCGUAGCGAACUCAAAUGCACAAGGCCAUGGAGGAGCGGUAGCAACAGCGAGUGCCCACGCCUCUGCUGGAGUGUACGUAAAUGGAGGUCGGUGAUACUGACUGAACGUCUUGUCAAUUGUGCUACGACUCUGAAGGACCGAAUAUUAUUUAAGAGGAGUUUAGACGACAGAUAUUGUGAUAAUAAUUAUAGAUAAACUUAAAUAUUUUGUAUCGAAUACAUUACAUAUUUUAUUAAA